AUGCAACCACAUCGUUGCCAAUUAAAUUCCAUCGCGGAGCGACAAAAACGCUGGAUACCAGCGCUAAUUUUUCCAGAAACAAACCCAACGCGUAUACAGUGGAUUGUGGGUAUUGGCAUACCUUUGGAGGAUUUACUCUACGAGUCAAUGACGACCGGCUAUGUAUUGAAGUCUGAGUACUAUUUACCGUUCCUGGCAAGUCAGCUCUUCACCAUUACCACAAUGCCAUUUGUGGCACGUCAAAUGCAGCCAGUGAAAUUGACAAAAUUUGAGCGCUUCUUAGCGAAAGCGGAUGAAUGGAAACGUUAUGCCGCUUGGGAGCGACACCAGGCUGAUAAUCGCAAAGUGUUGUCCAGCUAUAGAUGGUCCAUUUAUAAAGCGCUUGAAGGCUUGGCGGAGCGUAUUGCACCAUUGGGACGCGCUUGUGUAUUGAAAAGCAUCUGUGAGGCUGCGGAGACGCCGUUCCAUUACCGUAACGGGCUGUUUGGAGAAUUGCUUUAUAUACUCCUGACUCCCUCGUCUUCAGUUGAUGAAUUAUCGGUACAUGCGGAUAAUGCCUAUUUUUAUGCUGAAUCGAUGGGUCGUUCUGGUGCGGAUUGCAGUUUGGUUUUUAAGGAAUGUAAAAAGUCGUUGCUGGAACAUUUUUCCAAUAUGAAAGAUAUGGUGGCAAAACAGUUUGGUUGAAUGGUUAGAAAAUAUAAUAAUUUCU